AUGCCUCUUCCGUGAUAUUAUCACUCAUUAAUCCAUCGUCUGAUUAACAAGCAACUGUUAGCAGGGGAUCUUGAAUUUCGAUAAAGCCGAGAUAAAAUGGUCUAUCAAAAUAGUGUAGCAUGUUUCUUCAUUAUACACUGCUUACUGUUAUUUUCCGCGGAGGGGCGAGCAAAUGUUCCUGCCAUCAUUGUUUUUGGAGACUCAACCGUUGAUGCAGGAAAUAAUAACCAAAUUAUAACUGUAGGUAAGGCUAAUUUUAAGCCAUAUGGUCGAGAUUUUGAAGGUGGCAAACCAACUGGUCGUUGGUCCAAUGGCAGGUUAGUUACCGAUUACAUUUCUAAUGCUUUAGGAAUCAAGCCAUCUAUACCGGCUUAUUUGGAUCCAAAUUUUGGUAUAGAAGAUUUCGCAACUGGUGUCACCUUUGCCUCUGGUGGAACGGGUUACGAUAAUUUAACUGCACUCAUAACAACCGUUCUGCCUCUAUGGAGGGAAUUGGAAUACUUCAAAGACUACAAGGAGAGGUUAACUAGGUUUCAAGGAAAAGAUAAAGCUACCAAGACAUUAAACGAGGCAUUGUAUAUAAUAAGUUUAGGAACAGUCGACUUCCUUGUGAAUUAUUUCCUCUUUCCCAUACGAUCUUUAGAGUACAAUAUCGACCAAUAUGAAAAGUUUCUCUCCCAAAAUGCUGGUAAUUUCAUCAAGGAACUUUACAAUCUGGGUGCCCGAAAAAUAUCAAUAAGCGGGUCAGCUCCAAUGGGGUGCUUGCCGAUGUUGCGAAACUUGAAUAUAGUUCUGGGAAGAACAUGUUUUGAAUUCUAUAACAAAGUGGGUAGGGAUUUUAAUGAAAAGCUAAUGAAGUUGGUCGAAAACAUGAGAAAACAAGUUGAUGGGAUUCAAAUUGUGUUUUCUGAUAUAUACGAUCCAGUGACGAAAAUGAUUCAAAAUCCUUACCUAUACGGUUUUGAGGAAGUGAAGAGAGGAUGCUGUGGGACGGGAAUGACUGAGGUAAGCUACCUGUGUAUGCUGGCGAAGUCACUGUCGUGUAAAGAUCCGACUAAAUACAUAUUUUGGGAUGCAUUACACACAACUGACAAGGCAAAUGGCAUAAUUGCUGAUAUUCUGGUGAAAACAAGCCUGGCUGAGCUAAUCUGAAUCACUCCGCUAGUAAAAUUUAGUACUGAUAAGCAUAAAGGAUCCACAAGUAUAAACAUAAAAACGUAGUACACAGUAUACAGUAUGUUGUUGCUUUUGUAUCAGUUGUGAAUAUGGGUAUUUCUGUGAGAUGGUUACAAGAAAUGGCGGAACAUGUAACAUGUAAGUCAUAACAGAUAAAGGAUAUAUA